GCCGAACUCCCCAGCCCCGGGUUCCAUACGAUCCUGUGUUGUACAUACCAGACGUCGAAAUCGAUACGAGAAUACACGAGAAUCCUCGAGCCCUUUGCAACGAGCGCUGUAGUGCCUGCGAACACAGAAUUGUUCCUCAGAACUGCAACUUGCACAAUCGUGAAAGUUCCAAGUUCCAAAGGGAAACUGUACAGGGCCCGCGACAUCAGUAUUCUUGUUUAUAAAAGAUAUGCCGCCAUCAUCCUAUGCGUCAAAUUCCAAUAACCGAACGCGCCCACGCCACUCCUCGCGUCCUCAAGAUGAGGGCAAGUUGACCAAGUCGCCUUACUAUCGCAUUGUCGAGGAUCGCUUCUCCAAUCUCACUGAAGUCGUCCUCCGAAACAGCGAUGGCGACCCGUCGCGAUUGCCGCCGAAGCAGAAGACUUUCAGGGUAGUAGACGAAGACGGGGAAGUGAAUUACUUGGAGGAGGCAAACGAGAAGAUCGAGAAGCAUUGGAGGAAAGUGAUUGGGAGGUUCCUUGCUAAGGAGGUUUUGGAGAAGGAUGGAUGGCGUGGCAGGCGUGAUAACUGCCUGCUACAAAGUUUGCCCGAAAACUACAGGCUUUACACGCACAAGAAGGGCGACAAAGACAUACCUAGAACGGACGCGUAUCUCUUUGGUGGUCCACAUAAGUUCCGCUCGCCCGAAGAGUUCUGCCUGCAUGCGCGAUGGCUUGCCCUCGGCUCUCCGACUAAAACAUUCACCAACAAGCCCGACUGCGCGUGCGUAUACUGCGAUAAGCGGUACACGCAGAAGCAACUCAACAAAAUGUGGGGAAUCGUUUCUGCUACUCCCGCGCGGAGAGGUCCUAGGAAGAAGAGCGACGGGUCUACUACAGAUUGGUCAAACAUAUGCGCAAAAGACUACACCAAGCUCAACACCGCCACUCAGCCCUCAACUGUCAUUCCUCCGACACAACAGCAGCCAUCCAGCGACACCGCCGCAGGUGAUCAUGAAGUCUUCAACCCCCGACCUGUAUUGUGCAAUCUCUGAUUGCUCAUUUGGUCUCUGAUUUUGUCCAGUGCCACCUGAUUGCUUUCCCCAUGACGCGUUUCCCAUUCCUCUCUUUCAUUUGCUAUGAGGUCUUCCACUCCUAGCCUUUAUCGUUAACCGCUAAUUGAUCAACUUCUUUUACUCGUGUCCCGUCGUCUCUGUAUACUGCCUUCUUUCCUCAUGACGCGUUUCCCAUUCCUCUGUUCUUAUUCUGUUCAUUAUCGUUAUUAUGUAUCUCUCGCUCUUAUGGUUCUUUAGUCGAUUACUCUCACGCAGUUCACCUCGUAGAAUGUCAAAGAUGCCAUGGCAUAUCAUUUCCCUAUGUUUCGAGUUAGAGAAUCCGUGUGCGGGGGCCAUAUAAGAAAGCGCGUUGUAUGUGAAUGCCACA